UCCCCUUUCUCCUUUCAUCAAACGAUCAAUUAGUUUUAAAAAAGUCUCAUCUGUCAUCAUCGCCGGGAAGCGCACCAGUAUCAAUGGCGAAAACCCUAUCACGCUCCACAGCCUCACGCGUCGCUAAUCGUUUAUUUUCCACUUCCAGAGCUGCCUCUCCUUCUCCGCUUCCUUCUCACCUCAUUUCCUGUCGAUCCUCACCGACGCUGUUUCACGCCGCCGGAUUCAUCCCCGCUUCGUCACGUUUGACGACGAUCCGGACCCGUAUGGACAGGUCCGGUGGAUCGUAUGCGCCGCUCAAAUCCGGAUCGAAUUUCAGCGACCGACCACCUACUGAGAUGGCGCCGCUAUUUCCUGGAUGCGACUACGAGCAUUGGCUCAUCGUCAUGGACAAGCCCGGCGGCGAAAACGCUAAUAGACAGCAAAUGAUCGAUUGCUAUGUUCAAACCCUAGCCAAAAUUGUCGGAAGUGAGGAAGAAGCUAAGAGGAAGAUAUACAAUGUUUCGUGCGAGAGGUAUUUUGGUUUUGGCUGUGAGAUCGAUGAGGAGACAUCAAACAAACUCGAAGGGAUUCCUGGUGUUCUGUUCGUGCUUCCGGACUCUUAUGUUGAUCCAGAGUACAAAGAUUACGGAGCUGAGUUGUUUGUGAACGGAGAAGUAGUUCCGCGACCACCAGAGAGACAGAGGAGGAUGGUGGAGUUAACGACUCAAAGAGGAUCGGAUAAACCAAAGUACAAUGACAGAACCAGAAAUGUCCGACGGAGAGAGAACAUGCGCUGAUUCUAAUUCUCAGAGUCUAUGCCUAAACACAAUCUCCUUUCUCCCUUUGAACUCCGAUCUAAUAGCCUCUUUUCUUCGUCUUGUUUGGUUAUUCUGUGCGAAUAAUGGUUGAUGAUGGUAUUAUGGAUGAUGUUGUUUCCAUCUUUUUUUGGAGCUUGUGAAGCUUAAUUGCUAGCUGAUAUCAAAUUUAUCUCAAAUUUUGCAUAU